AAGUUCAUACUUGCUUUGCUUUUAUGGAGGUUCAGACUUGUUUUACUUUCAUGGGGGUUCAGACUUGCUUCGCUUUCAUGGAGUUCUGAUUUGCUUCACUUUCAUAAAGGUUCUGACUUGCUUCGCUUUUAUGGAGGUUCAGACUCACUUCGCUUUCAUGGAGGUUCUAAUUUGCUUUACUUUCAUGGGAGUUCUGAUUUGCUUCACUUUUAUGGAGGUUCUGAUUUGCUUCACUUUCAUGGGG